AAUACUGAAAGUGAACAUUACUUUGUCCGUGCAGGUUAGACACUUAUUAGACCGAGAAUAACUUUUCAUGGUUCCCACAAUAGUUUAUUUUUCAUUGACAGAUGAAUUUGUAUCAGAUCUCCAACUUAUCCUUGUUUUUCACAUCAGUCUUUCUUAUCACUCUGAUAACACAGUAACCUUGAACACAAACAGCUGAUCGGAUUCUAACUCCACCUCUCUCAACAGCUUUGUUGGAAUUGGACAAAGUUCAAAGAAAACAAAUGAAGCAGCCACUGUGGUUUGAGCCUUCACUAUUAAAGGGAAGUUUAGCUGUGGAAAUAUUCAGUCCAGCAGAGAGUCCAUGAUGAGAAGUCUAGUGUUUCUGCUCCUGGUGGCUGUGGCCAGCGCGAAGAUCUUCCAGCGCUGUGAAUGGGCCCGAGUGCUGAAGGCUAAUGGGAUGGACGGCUACCGAGGCCACAGUCUGGCCAACUGGGUUUGUCUGAGCAAGUGGGAGUCGAAUUACAACACCAUGGCCAUCAACCACAACACCGACCGAUCAAUUGAUUACGGCAUUUUCCAGAUCAACAGCCGCUACUGGUGUGACGACGGCCGGCUUCCCCAGACAGCGAAUGCAUGUAACAUCAGGUGCAGCGAGCUUCUGAGUAAUGAUGUCAGUGUGGCGAUCAAUUGUGCCAAGCACGUGGUGAGGGAUCCCAAUGGCAUCAGAGCCUGGGUGGCCUGGCGCAAUCACUGUGAGAACAAGGACCUGAGCUCCUACGUGUCAGGAUGUGGUCUUUAAUCAACACGUGGAACCAGGACGGUCAUCAAUAUUAUCUGUGAAAUGCAGAGAUACUGAAGCUACAAAGGAUUAUUUUCAAAUCAAGAGGAUACAGAUGUUUACUUGCAAUGUAUUUAGUCUAUUAUUUAGAUCAUGUCAAUAAUCUAAUAAAUUAAAAUAAAUGUUGUGAUUUCAA